AUGAAUUCACGGUCUACAACCAUUAUUUUCGAAUCAAAAAUCUCCAUAUUAUACAUAGUCUCAUUUUUACUCCUUUUCUCAACCGUUGCACAGCAAGCGACCAUUGACCCGAGUCCAGGUCCUCGCGAUAGCCCAUGUCUUGCUGCUUAUGGCGAUAAAAUCUAUGUGUUCGGUGGUGCCGGUGAUGACGUGCGGCAUAGUUGGUUUAGUUACGUGCAGGCUCCGUUUAACACUCAGAGCCUGAAAUGGGUUGCAUUGCCAACAACCGGUGCCCAUAAUGUGAGCAGUCGACCCGCGUGUGGCGUAACUUCCGCCGGUAUAUUAUUAGUUACGGGCGGUGGGUCAGACGAUGCUAACUAUCAAGGCAUUCAGGCUUUCGACCUAACAAAAGGAACAAGUGGUCAAUGGUACACACCAAAAACCUCAAAUCUUGAUACCGUCAAAUACCUCACUUAUGUCAAUAGUCAUAGGCUUGUGAUUUUUAAAACUUCGUUUGGGGAUGAGGUGUUGUUUCAAUUUGGAGGAUCACCGGCAAACGAUACCUACCUACUUCACAUUGGCAACAUGACAUGGGAGACAAUACCAAAGGGAUCAACCACUCCACCUCCAAAUGGACUUUUUGGCAUUGGGUAUUCAAAAGACAACGUUUACAUAGUCGGUGGAAGUUCGGAUUUCAAUGGUGGUGUAUUCGCUGCUGUAUGGGGUUUCAAUGUCCCCACACGUCAAUGGUUUGACCCGCAAGCGACCAUGUCUACUGGCUGGUUUGAUGGACACUUGGGAAAACUGAAUGAUACCUUUUACAUAACUUCUAGUUCUAGUGACACCUUGAAAUCCUCCAUGAGAGUUUGGACUUUAUCAAACAAUUCUUUCUAUACCUAUGUUAAUGGCUCCAUGUCCACGUUGAGCCAUGAAUAUUACGCCAGCACACAACUCCCUGGAUGUGACGCUUUAGUUACCUAUGGUGGCAGUACAAUUAAUAGUAGCGCACAAGGAGACACGAAUUAUUAUAUGGGAAACACUGCUGAUUUACUAAUCUUCAACAUGACUCAGAAGGCAUGGGUUACAACCUACAACUAUGUGACGAAUGCACCGAUGGAUAAGUUUGUUGGUGGCCCUCUGGCUCCCAACCAAGCGGAUCCUUUCCUAGUAAAGUCCUCUUCUACUUCAACUGCGAACCCAUCCGGCACUUCAAAGACGGCGCAGUCAGGUAGCUCGGAUGGUGAUAAUCCUGCGAAAUCCAGCUCAUCCAUAAUAUAUAUCGGAAUCGCUGUGGCCGUAAUAAUCUUGUUGGUCAUAGGCGUCUGCAUUGACGUCGAUCCCAAUUUACAACUGUAUCCCUCCAAGUAUGACUCAGCAUCCGACAAAACUUACGAUUCGCCAAAUGCCAUCUUAUAUUCGAAUUCUUUGAAUUCGUCAAGUGUUACAUUAACAGCACAAUCAGGAGCCCCACAUUCAAUGCGUAUGCACGCUCCUCUUCCUGGUUCACGACUUAAGGAUGAGAUAUUCGGCCGUCACAAGGUUGCCGCCAUGAUUUAUAAUCAACCAGAUGUUGUUCUCGCAGAACCGUCAGCUCCCUCUGGUACGGUCAUCCUCCAACGUUACCGGCUUAGCGGAAAUUCUUCUUACGGUGGAAACAAUAUGAUACGUCAGGCUGUUGACGAACAAACUGAUGAUCAGGUUGCCAUCAAGUUUUUCCAAAAAUCUGAAUCUUUUGAGCGCGAAGUGGUCAUGCUCAAGUACCUGCGAUCCCACCAUGUCGGUGAAUUGUUGGCAUUGUAUGAAUUUCAACCGAAACAGAAUUGGCCUUAUGCUGUAAUUUUGGAUUAUUACCCUCAGAGUAUGGAUAAGUUGAUACUCACAAAACUCUCUAACAUGGAUGUCCUAUAUGUUAAACUCCUGAUAAAAUCGAUCACACAAGCGGUUCAUUACCUUCAUACCCACAAAAUUGCUCACUUGGACAUCAAACCAAGUAAUUUUGUUCACGAAAAGUCCGAUAUCACGUCAUGGCGUCUCGUGGAUUUCGAAGCUGCAAGAUUUGCGGGCGAGGAAUUGGUAGAUGAUUGCUCCCCACUUUAUUGUUCACCCGAGGUACUUAAUGCCGCAAAGACAAAUCAGCCUAUCGUCGCCUCAACCUCGAUGGAUGUAUGGUCGUUGGGUUGCAUGAUUUUCGAGCUAUACACGCACACUCCACUUUUCUAUUCUGAAGAAGAAGCCAAUGAUAAAUUAACUAAAAGCUUUGCAAAAGGCGAAUUAGUCGAUUUUCCACUCAACAAAAUCUCAGAUCCACAAGCUAGAAAUAUGUUGGAAAAAAUGUUAGCCGUCAACCCAUCCAAAAGAAUCUCGUGCGAGCAAAUCCUUCGAUCAGCCCUCUUAAAUUCGGGUUUGGACACCAAGCAGCUUUCUUCAUUACAAAAUGAGUCAACCAACAAGAUAAUUACGGCCGUAAAUCAAAACACCAAUACCAUCCUCUCCACUCUCCAAGAAACAACAAAUCUCAUCCUCUCGCAGAUUGAUGCUGUGAUGAACAGCAUAACGGAUACUAUGGAUGCUUCAAUACCACGCUUGUAUAUUUUGUUGCCAGGUCAAGAUUCACAUAGCAUAUUCAAACCUCACACAUGGGGAAGGAACACGUUUGUUCUGCACCUUCUUUGCGAAGGUCUAAAAUACGAUAACCGGGGUGCCCACUGUACGAGCCAUGAAGGUUAUGAAAUUCAUGAUCCGAAACCUUUACUGGCAAAAGCCGGUCCAUAUUUAUCCAUUAUGGCCACGGUUAUUACUGCUGGGGUUUCGACUCGACCCACAGAAUACUUUAAACAAUUGACACAAGUUCUCGAUUCGGAGAUCACUGAUACAACGCAUGCAAGAGAUAUUGAGAGAGUAAAAAACGAUCCUAUUGGCCGAAUGAAAGUUGUUCAAGGUGCUGCAUUAAGGGAACUCGAAGCAUUCCUAAAAGAAAAUGACAAGUCGAUGGAAUUAGGUGGUCUUACACGCGUUGUAAUGAAAGACGGACGAUGGCGGUGGGUAUGUGGGGAUUGUUAUAAACAGGCUAAUUCCGAGAAUCACUAUAUCUGA